GUUUGGCACGUCCCGUCAUCGACGAUCGUGUCGAGCCUUCCUUCUUCCUCCACUUACGUGGGUCCUCAUCUAUCCAACGUUGUCUAUCCUUUUAACCAAGUGAGGCUGAAUCACCGAUCUGCAUCCCACGAGAAGACGGCGCAAUGAGAAUUCAACUAGUUCGGCAGGUCAACAGUCGUCUCGAUUGGAUACAUGAGGCGUUUGGCAGAUGAAGUAAGCUCAAGUCGGUACUGGGUCAUCGUUUCGGAGGCCACGUUCUGCGAAAUACGUAAAUCCGGCAUUCGGCAUCUUGCAGGCGCUUAUUUACCUAUACUUGGGCGAUGUUGCCAUGAGGCGGUCUCUCAUUGUUUCUCCUUCCACCUCUCCUUCCCCAACAGGCUGCGAUGGAUUUGGACGACUACGACACGGCGCGCUUGAAAGUGGAGACUGAGGCUUGUACAGCCAGCACACCCCAAGAGGCUUUGGAGUGGCUGGAUGUAGAGUGGUUCAGUCAAGCAAGCAGGCGUGCUCGAUGGAUGGACCUGCUAGGCGACUACGCAGGCACAGAACCGUUUGUUAUCGAUGGGGACUCCAUCGUGCAGAUCGUGCUUGACGACCCUCUCCUCGCACUGGCAAAAGUUGAUGACCCCACGAGCUUCCAGCUUUUGCAUGCAAUCUACUCUAUCGAGCGCCUCAUCAACGAUUUCAAAAAGCGCGGUGCCGUCUUCGACAUCGUGUUUUGGAAGGACCACAAGCACCUUUCCAUCCACUCUGGAGCACCUGAUCAGGAGGUCGCUUCACGCGCCCUCGCUCGACAGCUUCUGAUCAACCAUCUACGUCAGCUUCAAGAUACCACCGUCCAUUGUUUUGAGAACAUUCGGGACGCUAAAUGGAAAGAGUAUCAAUCGCUGGCCAAGCCGAUGUUCGUCAUGAUCAACGACGGCGGCCUGCCCAUGAGUGAUGACGCUUGGAACGCACGAUGGGUCUUGGUCCAACGCAAAGUUCUGGCUGAGCUUCUCUCGAACGGGAUCUCAUUCGCGCUGCUGAAAGGCUGCGAAUUCCGGGACUCAAAGAUCAUAUCCUUCGUAUAUGAAGCCCGAGGAACUGAACGUUGGCCCAAGGAAAUCAAUAUCGCUCAUAAAUCCGCAUGGGCGGCGCUAACUUCAGCCGCUCUUAAGUAUCCCGCUCAGCAUCUGCUGAAGGGCUAUACCCCCGCACAAUCAUUACAGCCGAUGCUUCAGAAUGCAGCCCGCAUGUACCUUGAUAUCUCAAGAGACUCGGCCAGUGUAGAGCUGCUAUACGCUUUUUUCCUUCACUGCGGCGUCACCAGCGACCUUUCGGUCUUCGAGAGGGCUGUUCGGGAUCAACCCUUCCCAGUAGAGACGCAGAAGACCAUUCUGCAGUUCUAUACGACUAUGUUUGUCGUGUUGGAGGCAGUCGUCUCACGCACGAAAACCAGUCUCGACAUCGACGGCCGUGUGUUUGUCUCUGUUCUCGGAUUCCUCGUUGAACGAGGUGACUCUUCCAUUGACGAUGACUUUGGUCCUACUGCAUCAACUUUGGUACGAAACGUGUUCUCGUCGCUCGACUGUGGUCAACCAGACUUUUCUCGCCUCCGCCCUUUACGCUUUCUGUCGCAGCAGCCUGGAAGACUUGAUCCUGAUCCUGAGCCCCUCGACUUACUCCCGUUCAGCAACGACGUUUUCGACUCUGAGCUCGCAGCAGUUCACGUGUCCACCUCUAAUAUAGAUGUUGAGGACAUGUAUUCCUCCUCACCUCAUUACUCCGGUGGCACUGUCUUUUCCGACACCCAUCACUGGCACGCCCAUCGGCGAGCACUUCUCCCAAAACACCUAGGUGGUGAGCAGGCACCUCGUCUCGAGGGAUGGGCGCGGAAACGACAGCUCCGCGGGGAUCAGAUCUUCAUGCGGCAGCUCCAGAAACAGGCGGGAACGCUUACCGGUGCUCAGGGAUACGCGCUCCAACAGAUCACGAUCCCACCUGUAGGCACCUCGAAGCGCCCGAAACAGGCGCCAGCGCCCAAGUCUGCUUCUUCGACGUCCCAAGUUGCCAAGGAAAAGCAGAAAGGCGGUUCGAGGAAGGCGACGAUGUCAAAGGCGGACAAGAUUCGGGCUGAUAACCUAGCCAAGAAGGCGUCAGAGGCCACCUCGGAAUCCACGAAAUGGCUCGACGGGGUCAUACGCGAGAGCGAGUCGUCGGCACCGACCACCUCGCCAGAGAAGCGCCUUCAGUACCUGCGCGACAAGGAGCGAAGCUUGCGUCUCCAGGACCCCAUGACGCGCACGCGGUUCACGGUGUACGAGUUGCACUUGCUCUUCUUGCAGUGGAUCGAUAAUCCUGCGCGAGACAGCGCGACCACGCGGGAUACGUAUUCCGUAACAAUCGUCCGCCUAUUGAAAGACCUGCGGGCGACGGGAUGCUCAGCACCGGACGUCCGCGACGCCGUCAGUGCAUCUCUGGGCGCGCUCGGUCUCAGUGGUCUCAAGGACGCACUCGUUCCAGCGGUUGAUAUCGGGGAGGACGAGAAAGAGAAAGGAAAACGGGUGCUGGGCUUCAAGUUCGUCAAGCUUGUCAGCAGUAGGACGGGCAGACCGGAGCACGACUUCAUGUCGGUACGGGAGGAUGCCGUCGUCUGGCAGCUGCGCGUCUUUGGUGAGUAUAUGGACCGAAGCAUGGACAGCCAGCCCGAUAGACGAGUCACGUUCCAGCCGGAUGCUUGGCAGAGGGAGGUGUUAGAUGCAAUUGACGAGGACAAGUCGUUGCUCGUCGUUGCGCCCACAUCUGCAGGAAAGACAUUCAUCUCUUACUACGCUAUGGAGCGCGCCCUGCGCGAGUCGGAUGACGGGAUCUUGGUUUACGUUGCGCCUACAAAGGCACUUGUGUCUCAAAUCGCCGCUGAGGUAUAUGCACGGUUCAGCAAGACAAUGGAUAGCCGAAGCUGUUGGGCAAUACAUACGCGAGACUACCGUGUCCAUGAUCCGCAGAACUGUCAGAUCUUGAUCACAGUUCCGGACGUCCUCGCAAUCAUGCUCCUCGCGCCCGCGCUCGCAAGGGUCUGGACGCCGAGGCUCAAGCGGAUAAUCAUGGACGAGAUUCAUACCAUAGGCCAGCAAGAGGGUGGCUCGGUCUGGGAGCAGAUUCUGCUCUUAGCACCUUGCCCAAUCAUCGGGCUUUCAGCAACCAUUGGCGAACCCGAGAGGUUUAACGCUUGGCUUGAGUCCGUCCAGCACGCAGGAGGAUUUGAACACAAAUUCGUUUACCACCCUCACCGUUACUCGCAUCUACGCAAGUUCUUCUAUAACUUGCACGGUACGAAGAAGGUGUCAUUCACCUCGCUCGAUGAACACGAGUCUACGGAGCGAAUGCGCUUUCUGCAUCCGAUCUCUGCGCUCGAUUUCGGUUCUCGUUCUAUUCCUUCAGACCUCGCGUUGGAGGCUCGGGACACCCUCACUCUUUAUCGCGCGUUGCAGGGCUGUUCAGACGUGUCUAAGGAGACAUUGGAGCAACUCCGACCGGAGGUGUUCUUCGCAGGCAAAGCCUUCCUCCAGCAAAAAGACGUCAUUUGCUAUGAGCAGUCGUUGAAGGACGUUGUGGUAUCACUCGUGUCCAUGUCGGAUCCUCGCGACGCUGUCUCUCCGUUGCAGGCCGUUAUCAAGCAUCUUGACGAUGAUCAACUCGCUGCGAUGGACAGGAAGCUGUUGAACAAGCAGCCUAAAUCCGAGGCUCUUAUCGAAAAUCUUCCUUAUUUCGUAGCAGAUCUUCACGCGCAAAAUGACUUGCCUGCAGUGUUCUUCAACUUUGAGCGAGGCGGCUGUGUUAACUUGGCCAAACGUCUGGUCAAGUUCUUAGCCGAUAAGGAGCUCAAGUUCCGGGAGGUAGACCCAGGUUGGAUCAAGAAAAUGGCAGAAUGGGAGGCGUGGCGCGCUGGGGCUAAGGAUCGCGAGCGUGCCGCCGCGAGGAAUAAGACAAAGCGAGUUGCCGUUGAGGACGUGAGCGAAGCGAGCGAUGGGUUUGCCGACGAUUGGAAGAAGAAGUUCAACCCCAGCGACCCGCUUCGGCAGUUCUCUCUUGCUGGGCACUCGUCGUACUCGAUGGAUGACUUACGCGACGACAUCAAAGAGCUGACGCGUCGGAACUCUGUUCCCCAGUGGGCAAUAGCGUGCUUGUUGCGUGGCGUAGCUGUUCAUCAUGCUGGCAUGAACAAGCAUUAUCGAAGUUUGGUCGAAGCGUUGUACCGCAAAGGCUUCGUUCGCGUCAUGUUCGCGACUGGCACUUUGGCGCUCGGGAUCAACGCUCCGACAAAGACUAGUGUCUUCUGCGGCGAUUCACCUUUCUUAACUGCCCUCAUGUACCGCCAAUGUGCUGGACGCGCCGGUCGACGUGGGUAUGAUCUUCUCGGCAAAGUCGCCUUCUACGGCCUCUCGCUGGACCGAGUCAAACGGCUCAUCCUUUCUCGCAUCCCAUCCUUAGCUGCGCACUUCCCCAUUACCUCAACUUUGGUUCUAAGGCUCUUCAAUCUUCUCGAGGGCUCUGGUCACGCGCCUACCGCCGUCCAUGCCAUCCAGCGUCUGUUCCGUCUUCCGCGCAUCGCGUUCGCAUCAAGUUCUGAAACAAUGACUGGCGAGGGUGGAAACCAACUUCUGCAUCACCUCCGCUUCAGUAUUGAUUAUCUCCGACGAGGAAGCUUGCUUGAUUCCACGGGACGCCCCCUCGACUUGUUCGGAAUUGCCGGUCAACUUUACUACACCGAGCCAAGCAAUCUUGCCCUUGUCGCCCUUCUGCGCGCUGGUAUCAUUCACCGCAUCUGUAAAAUGAAGAGUCGCACAGAUGCGAAGCUUUCUCUCGUUACGCUCCUCGCGCAUCUUUUUGGGAGACGACCUCUUCCGGGCGCCGCCGCGACGGAGAAGUUUCAAGAGGCCAUCAAGAAAUCUGCUUCAAUCGUCUUCCUUCCUCCGCUCGAGAAGGCAGCUGCAGCUGCCCUUGAGACGCACGAAGAAGAGACCCUACAGGUGUUUUCAGCCUAUGCUCGGGCGUACGCUAAACAGUAUUCGGAGCAGCUCGGACAAGACUGUGAGCUGCCAUUCAGUAGACGUCGGUUUGAGGGCAACACCGAGAGCGUUGGAUGCGCCUUCCGCCUUUCCCUCCGAGCUACUGCAGUUAGCGUUACCACGCGGUCAGCAUUUGUGGCCACAUCUGGGCACGCAGACACUUUUGGGAGUGUGCAGGAACUCGCUCGCACUACUCGCAGUGGAGUGACCCUCAACGAGCACGCGAUCCCGACCUUCGGAGACAUCAUCUCGCAUACGGUCCAAAAAGGAGGCCGCAAGGAUGGAUCUCAUGCUUUGAACGCCUAUCUGCUCGACUUUUACAAGCACGGUCAGGAGCAGGCGCUCGUGACGGCAAACGGCAUUCGCUCGGGCGAUCUUUGGUACCUGCUGCAAGACUUCGACCUAACCCUCAAAACGAUCCGGGGUGUUCUGGCUACAUUGUUGACGAAGUCGGCAACAGGCGGCUCAGAGCUUGACUUUGAUGCUCUUGACUUCGACGACGGGUUCGAUCCCGCAGAGGUAGAUGACUGGGCUGAUGAGGCGCCGGCGUCGGUGGCCAUCCCUCCUGUCCAGUCGCGAAAAGUAAAGGCGUCCAAAGUUGUUGACAGCUGGGACGACGAGGACGAGGAUUCCCAGGUUGAUCCAGAGGGCACAGAACAGAGCGAUACAAUCAGAGUAGCAUCCUCUGCGACGCUUGGCGGAGGCAGUUCUGCGUCGGAUCGGCAGGUUUAUGACUUGAUUUGUGAGGUGCUAGAAGAGUUUGAGGAGAAGUUCCGUGCUAUGUGGGCCUAAAUAUGGGUUUCUUGCUUUUGUAAAGUACUAGUGCUGCUGCAUGUAUCAAAUAUCCUCUGCCGUGCGUGUAAAACACCAGUGGUGCACCACACUUCUGAAAUUGCAUUAACGUGAGCUAGU